ACCAGCACGCGGCCAAGAGCUUUUGUCUCUCUCAAAUACCUGCGUGCCCCUGGAAGCCGGUAGGUAUCACAGCAACGACCAAGCUCCAGCCCACAGCCGCGGAUCUCUGCACCUACUAAAAGACGCGGCCGCCCUCUGCUCGAAGGAGCUCGUGGACGCUUGCUGCUGAACUCGCCUUUGUGUGCUGCCGAGUCUGUCGUGGAGUCAACCGUCCAAUUGCUAGCCCUCGACGCUGGUCACGCCGCAUACCGUCGCCAAAGCGCAAUUUCGCACAACGCAGAGGGGAGCAGAAGCAUCGCCAGAACACACUCACACCCUCUCGUCACCGCUACAAGUCACAAUGAGUCGCCCGUCGGUAAUGACGGGUGGCUUUCACCCACACGGUGUUAUUCAUGAUCAUGCCCAUCACGGCGGCCACUACGGAGUUCACGCACAGAGCGCCUACGGCAGCGCGGUCCACUCAGGAUUGGCGUAUGGUCGGCCGCUACCAAUCCGCGCCCCGGUCCUCCCUCCCGCCUUUAACCACCAACACACCGGCCAGCACCAGCACGGCCGCACCUCCACGUUCAGCAUGGCAGACCCCGCGUUCAUGACGGCCGAAGAGGAGCAUGCCUACAUGCAGAAGCUGUCGAGCGAGUAUGAGCCUGAACCCACCGGUCCGCUUGUCGGUCAGCGCCAGAGUAGCGCUGCCAUCACCACCCAGUAUGCCAACGCCGAUCCCGUCUACAGGAUCAAGACCGCCGCCCUGGCCGGCAAGUAUGCCUACUUCCGUACCUGUCGCGGUGAUGGCCACUGCGGAUGGCGAGCCAUCGCCUUCACGUACUUUGAAGCUCUUGUCCGCAUAGGAGACUACCAGAGAUUUGGCGACGAAGAAGGCCGUCUCCUCUCGAUGGGCAACCUGCUCGACCAGAUUGGCUACUCCCGCGACAUCUGGAUGGACUUCGCUGAGGAAGCAUUCGACCUGUUGCGCAAGUUAGGUGAAGCCGUACACGCCAUGGAUGGAUCCGCUGCCAACAUCCUGCUCGACGCCUUCAACGACAUGGGCAUCUCUAUGGCCAUCAUCACCUACAUUAAGCUCCUUGCCAGCGCCUGGGUACAGACCCAUGCAGAGGACUACAGACAUUUCGUCCCAUUCAGUGAUGUCAAGGCGUACUGCGCCAACAACAUCGAGCCAGCACAGUGUGAGGCCGACAACAUCGGUGUAGCUGCUCUUGCCGACGCACUUGUCAAGCCUGCCGGUCUUGGGCUCGAGGUCUGGUAUCUCGAUCGCUCUCCAGGCGAGGAGAUGAACCGCAGCUACUACGCGGAGCCUACAGUCCCCGGUUCACCCAUGCUAAGACUACUCUACAGGCCUGGCCACUAUGACAUUCUCUACAAGGCGGAGGAUGUCCCAUCGCCGAUUCACCAUCCCGCUGUACCUCAAGCGCCGAUCCAGGUGAACUUUGCCAAUUACGCAGACGAGUUCCUGCCCCAACCCUCCGGCUUUGACGUGAUGAGCUUGCUUCCUGGCAUGGGUCGAUCUGGCGGUGGCCUAGGAGGAGCAUGGGCUUCGCUCUCGUACGACUGCAAUCCGACCUCGGCGCCGCAGCCUGUAGCAACUCCUGUCUCGCCGUAUCCAAGCGCAUCGAUGUCUGUGCCUCAGAUCACAAGCUCGCUGGAUUUCGUGACACCCGUUCCCAACACUCAGGCACAAUAUAGCGCACCACGUCACCACAGCAUCCAGCUGGACCAGCCUCCAAUCACCCUUCCGAUGCAUCCGGCACCGCAGCAGCCCCCACCACCAGUUAGCAUCGAAAGAACUGCACCAAUCACUGUUGAGAGCGGCGGUCCUUUCCGGCCUUCGAUGUACCAGCUGGAACCAGGCUUUGGAUUCUCAAGUCAAGCGCAGCCUUUUCAAACGUCCAUCUUUCGCAACUCGCAUUUCAACACGGCACACUUCAUGAACCCAGAGUUCCAACCAGAAGAAUGGUGUCCGGACGGAGAGCACGCGACAAAUAAAGGCCGACACAAGCAUCCAUCCUAAGCGCUUUCCUUGGAAUUCUGUACACAUUUUGCUCUCCUGGAGGUCCAUUCCGACAUCUUAGCGACUACUAGCGUCGGCGUUCAGCGAGCUUGCGAUUGCUUUCGUUUGCUAGCUGCAUUAUCAUCCGCAUUGCUUGAACACUCACGACGACGCACGACCAACGAUACCAUUAUUAAUCAUUUCUCGGGACAUUGCUCUAUUACUCGACUCUUGCAU